AUUGCAAUUGCAAGAUAUGAUCGCAUACACAAAAACACUAACUGCAUACGUUUUGUGUAUUAUUAUGCCUUCGUUGUUCUGUGCCCAUUACACUCUUCCAGCGGACAAAUAUCUCCCAGAUCCAGGCCAAUUAAUUAGAAAAAACAUCUUUUAGCUAAAGAGGAAUAUUGUGGUUCAGACUUCAUGGAAAAUGUAUUCAGAUGACGACUUUGAACAGCAUAAAGCUUGAGUUCAGGACAUUACACAGCCACAGGAGCAGACCUGAGUUUUCGGCUGGGCAUUGCUGCACCGCGCACCUGCACUGCUGCAGUGCAAUUUGGAUCGGAUUGGAUUUGGAGUUUGACUGAGCAUAUGCAGCAAUGUCAUUAGAGAAUGAUUUGUUUUUGUCUGACGUGAAUCCAAUUUCCAUGACCAUGCCAAUGAUUAGGCCGAAACAGUGAUCUAGAUCUCAGCUCAUCUCGGUCGAGAAUACUAGGCCCUAACUUGUAGGCCUACUUGUUAACUUGUUAAAUCAUUUUUUUUUUGUGUGUGUGAGUGAAAAAUCCCCCCCCCCAAAAAAAAAAACAAAUUACAAAACAAGAUCAGCCCAUUUGGUAGUCUUGAAUUUGAGCAUCACUGAAAUCUAGUGAUUGAUCUUGAGAAAGUGUUGCCUGUUUAAUACUAGUGCAAUUUCAACUUGUUAAAGAAAAGUAAGCAUUCUAUAAAAGUAAAGAUGGAGGAGGAUGAAGGAUUCAUGAUGGGAGAGGAAGAUGAGCUUGGUUAUGACGAUGAUGAUGCAGGAUCCAGUGACUUUGGAGACCAUUUUGAGAUGGAGGAAGAUGAUGGUUCAUACAGUAGAGAUAGAGAAGAUGUCGAUGAUUUCCAGUAUCAAGUGUUAACUCCGGACGAUAUUGUGCAAUUAAUGGUUGAUACAAUACGUGAAGUCAACAAUGUUGUGAAGAUUCCAGCUACUGUAACAAGGAUACUACUGAACCACUUCAAAUGGGACAAGGAGAAACUAAUGGAGAGGCUUUAUGGAGGGGACCCUGAUGCAGUAUUUACAGAAGCACACGUAAUCAGUCCAUAUAGGAAAACACACGCUAAACAACCAAAGGUGAACACAAGGUCAUCGGUUGCUGUAACAGAGUACUGUGAAAUAUGCUUCAGAACAGUUCUAGGAUCAUCAAUGACAGGCAUCGAGUGCAACCAUAAAUUCUGUGCAGACUGCUGGACGGAGUAUCUUACAACCAAGAUCAUGGAGGAAGGCAUGGGUCAAACUAUAGCUUGUGCAGCCCAUGGAUGUGAUAUCCUUGUAGAUGACAUAACAGUUAUGAAAUUAGUGAAAGAGGCCAAAGUGAAACUGAAGUAUCAGCACCUAAUUUCCAAUAGUUUUGUGGAAUGCAAUCGUCUAAUGAGAUGGUGCCCUGCCCCCGACUGCCCCAACGCAUUUAAAGCUAACCACAUAGAACCCCACCCUGUUACCUGUAUUUGCUCACAUACAUGCUGCUUUGUCUGUGGUGAAAAUUGGCAUGAUCCUGUCAAGUGUUCAUGGCUCAAGAAGUGGAUCAAAAAAUGUGAUGAUGACAGCGAGACUUCCAACUGGAUUGCAGCUAACACCAAAGAAUGUCCCAAGUGUCAUGUGACCAUAGAGAAGGACGGUGGUUGCAAUCACAUGGUUUGUCGCAACCAGAACUGCAAGGCUGACUUCUGUUGGGUGUGUCUAGGACCAUGGGAGCCCCAUGGAUCAUCAUGGUACAACUGCAAUAGGUAUGAUGAAGAUGAUGCAAGAAAAGCAAGGAACAACCAAGCGCGAUCGAGGCAAGCUUUAGAGAGGUACUUGUUCUACUGCAAUCGCUACAUGAAUCACAUGCAGAGUUUACGAUUUGAGAACAAGCUCUACGCCCAGAUCAAACGUAAGAUGGAGGAGAUGCAGCAACAUAAUAUGUCAUGGAUAGAGGUUCAGUUCUUGAAGAAAGCCGUCGACGUUCUGUGCCAGUGUCGCAGUACUCUCAUGUACACCUACGUCUUUGCAUUCUACCUCAAAAAGAACAACCAGUCCCUUAUAUUUGAGGAGAAUCAGAAGGACUUGGAGAAUGCCACAGAGACUUUAUCAGAAUACCUAGAACGUGAUAUCACCUCUGAUGCUCUAGCAGAAAUCAAGCAAAAAGUGCAAGAUAAAUCAAGGUACUGCGAGAGCAGGAGAAAGGUGUUACUAGAACACGUCCAUGAAGGCUACGAGAAAGAUCUCUGGGAGUAUUACGAUAAUUGAAUAGCAGACUAGCGGACUAGGAAGUGACUAUUUUAGCCUGUUUAGAGGAGUAUCGAGAGCAAUUGACUUCCAUCUAUACUUUCCAAAAUGAACGUGUUUGUCAUGUGCAUAUCAUUAAUAUAAAGACAAACUUGUACUGUUUUUCUUCAUGUAUCUGUAACGUUCGGUUUGUUUGUGUUCCCCUACUCCAAGUUACCUUUUUUCCGUUUCUGAUUUCAUAUACUCAUAAACCUAAGAAUUUAUUAGGUAUCUGUAUGCACAUGAAAAUAAACAACUGUCUUUGCAAUGUAAAAAAAAAAAGCAAGAAAAAAAUGAAGGAAAAAAAAUUAAAAGAGCAAUAGUUGUGAGAAGAAUCUCUCAUUACGUCUAGCUGGUGGUGAUUAUUGACUACUUUGCCACGUUUUCCAGUCGUAUAGGGUUAUUAUAAGUUCAGCAAUGGCAGUUGGUGUUGGGCCAAUUCGUUCACCAGCCACAGAACAGUGCGGCCAACAAGUGCUGAUUUUCAGUAUUUAGUACUGUAAAUGAUAAUAUGCAUGGUUUCGUGCAAAUAUUGAUUUCUAAGGUUUCAGUUCAUGUGUUGUCCUUUGGUAUUUCUUUUAAACUACUGAUUUCCUCACGAAAAUGACUGAUUUUCAGCUUUUAAAAUACUGAAAUGUUCUUAUUUCUGUUGGUAGCUCUGACAGCACACUCUUGAACAAGGCUGGUGUUAAGGGAUUCACAUCAUUCGGGGUUUAAUAUUUCUAUGAUGUUAUUAGCAUCGUUUCUUUAUUUACCCACACACAAUGUUGUAGCGGGGUCAGGCAGCCCAGUUUAUGUUGCUAACACCAAACUUCAAAUUACCCACUAAUGGUUAUAAGGUUGAUUGUGACAGUUUGAUCUUUCUGCUGCAGUGUUAAUUUUUUAAUCUGCAUUACCGUGUGGUGAGUGGGAAACAAAAGAAUAGUUGUUGACCAGCACAGACUUAUAGGGAACAAAUGUGUAUGGCGUCCAGAGGAGGUGGUUGGAACUAUGGUUCCUGAAGUGAUGCUGGAAUGCUACUAUUUCCCGAGGGGUGCAGCCCCGAAGGAAAAUGGUUGCAUAAGCGUCGCUGAGGGGACCAUAGUUUCACCAAACCUCCAAUCAAAGGCCGUAUUGGUUGAUUUGAAGAAAAGCAUAUUUUUACGUUUAGGCGUUCCAUAAAGCUUGAUAAUUGGUAUAUCAAUUUACAAAGCAGCCACCCACUGGUUAUUAAACUUUAUGCAAAGAACCCAAAAAAUUGCAAUUCACCCCAAAAUGUAUUUUUAAAAAGCCCUUUGAAGUUGCAAACAAUAUGCAUGAUAGAAUUAUAUUUGGGUCGAUACAAAAUGUACUUUGGUAUGAAUAAAAAUAGGGAAAUAGCCAUCCUACAGAUAUUACUAACAUAUCCCCUCUUCCCCCAGAUAAAGCCGUAUAAAAUUUGAUCUCAGAUCCAAAUUACACCCUGAUGACAUCAUUCUAGUACCUGACGAUAUGUGUAGGAGGUGCUUUUCUGCAGUAGGCUUCACUGUUCUGUUGGAAUGAUUAACAUUGUAAAGUUACUAGAAGCAAUCCAAUUUUUAUGUUGCAGGUUAGAGAACACACAAAGAUGCCAAUAAUUGAAUAAUCUAGAAUAGAUGAUGAAGUCAUGUUAAUAGUUUAUAUUAUAUUGCUUGUUAUUUUUUUUAUUGGUGAUAUUUUGGCUGGUCAAACUAAAAAUAAAACUAAAUCUCCUCUCAAAGAGAUCUCAAUAUUUAUCUUUCCCCUUGUACAUUAACUAUACAGCUAAAGAAUCAUAGCACAUUUAAUGCUCUCAACUUUAAAAUCACCUCUAUGUUGUCAACGCGCUGCCUUCUUUGCCAGUUGAGAAUCGGAGGAUGAAAGUGUUUGUUCAAAAGCGCUGUCAAAUGAUACUAUCUUUUAGAGUAACAAGUUUUUAUAUGACUUUGAUAUUUAUUCUCCCCUGGCUUCAUAUAGAGGUGUAUAGAUGACAGAAUUUACCUGUAAUUUUAACUUGGAUAUGUUCUAAUUCAAUUUGCUGCCGUUUAACGUUGCACGAGAGAAAAUUGUUCCGAGGGGCAAAUAAUAUUGUUACAUUGCUCUAUGUGGCAGUAUCUGAAAGUCGGAUGGGUGUCGGUUUCCACGGGGGAGUGGAUUAUUAUUUUCUGAUCACAUAAUUUUGGUGAAAAGCAUCGAAAAUGCCUGUAACAGAGAUAUCUUUUGGGGAAGGCAAACCCAGUGUAACAGCGACAGAUUCUUUGGCAAAGUCUGCAAUGGCUUGGGCAACUGUCAGGCCGGUGAAAAGUGAGAUGAUGAUUUAAGGCAUUAUAUACAUAACGUCAGCUGGUCAUGAAUGCCAUUCUAUUUUGGGUGAUUUAUAUUAGAAUGGUGUCAGAUUCCCCGGCAAUGAAAACACUAGAUAAUUUGCCUUUGAAGGUAAAAGAUGACAGCAAACAAUUAUUUCACGAGAAAGUCUUAAAACUCAAGGUUCUGUUCGAACUCGUGUUGAGAUCGUUACCACAACUGGUAUUUAUCAUUAAACACUGAAGUGUUAUCAAAGAACAGAUCAGAAGAGAAGAGAAAAUGCAGUCUGACUGCAUUUGAAGAUAAUGAGAUAUCCCAAUGCACAUGUGCACAGUAGGAUCAACAUGCAGCAUCUGUUGCAAAAAAAAAGAUGAAUAUUCAGUUUUAGAACUGGACUAGACUACUCUUAGUAUAUACAUGUGUAUGUCAUUGUAUGAACAUAAUGAUGUUUAGCUGUUAUGAUGAAGUGUAGUUUAACAAAAGGCUGUGUACACACUGAUUGUUGUUAACGAUGGAACUUCAAAGUGCUAAUGUUCCAAUUUUUAGCAAAUAUACGACCCAAGAAGGGGGUGCUUCUGUGUGGAAUUUCAAGCCAAGGACUCGAAGGGUCUUGUUAAUCUGACCGCCAUUUACCGUCUAUAUAUCAGCUGUGUCCCCUGGCCAGGUUCUCUCAUUAAUCUUCAUCAAACUUGCUUUAAAUUUAAGAAAUAGAACGUCGUGGGCUGUCUUUUAUUUUUAUGUUUCAUCUUGUACAAGAAAAAGUUGAUGAUUUACAAUCAACCACAGCCUAAAGGAGAGACUUUUUUUAACACCAAAUAGAACCCUCUGCACUAUAGUAAAUGUUAGGUGAUGUAUAUAACCAAGCAUAAUGAUGAUUGACCCAUAGAUUUUCGUGGAAAUGGAGUCCCAAAACCUUACUGUCAUAUCCUGCUAUAUCUCUUUUAUAUAUGGAUGGGCGUGGGUCUGAACACAGCCGGAUGAAUGAGGUCUAGUUGUUUGACGUUCAGUUUGCUCCAAAACAGUGGCUACCUUUGUGGAAUGUUUACGAGACUCUAUAACUGUUACUGCCUAUUCAUCCCAGAGUUUGGAUGUGACUGAAUCAAAAGAUUGCAAUUGCAUUGUUCUCUCAUAUGUACCAUUGGAUUUGUAUUCUUUCAAACUUGCAAUAUGUAAAAGAAAAAAAAACGAAAGCAGCUCUUGUAGUAUAGUAG